CUAUCCCUGGUGUUCAGCACCGCUACCGAGUCCCCGUUGUUCGCGAAGGGUCGUGUCGUCUCAUCCGGAUAAACGGACGUUCAUCCCGGCUGCAACCUCCGGGUAAUUGUUUGACUCCCGAGUCAACACCGGUGAUCAACGCCAUUCACCACCCCCGUAAAGGUGUGGGAAUUACCAUUGGCUCCCCAGAACCAACCCGUGGAAGUUGAACGUCAGGAACAUACCUGCUGCAGUUCACGACGGAGGCGCGGGAAAAGGUAGAAAGAGAACGAGGUGAUAGAGAACAGAGAAUAAACGAGAAGGGAAGGAAAAAAGGCUCGGUUGACGUCUCAAAAAUGGAAGUCGAGGUGGUGGCACGUGGAUGCUAGCAUCUCAGGAAUUGGAAUCUAGUAUCCGAAGGGACCUACCUAAUCCUGAAAAUACGACAGUUACCGUCCGUUUUUGGGCGGAAUAGUUUGUCAAAGGAGGGAGAUGUUUGUGGAUUAUGGGGACCCUUCGAUGCGCAGGUUGCGCCGAUUUUCCUCAACUUCAACUUUGUGACUCGACGAUUAUGCUGCAUAUUAUGUCGCCAGAGGAUGUCCAAAAAUAUGCCAACAUAAAACGGAAGGGUGUGGCAUUUUGGUCGAGUUUGUUCAGGGUGAAAAGAUUUGCUGCAUCGGGAAUGCGAAUUGAGGAUGAAGAGAUGGACCGCGCUCCGCGGGUCGAGACACCAGCUGCUGUGAUAUCAAACGCCCAUCGGAACAACAACGCCGUCGCUCGAAUCCCCUCGACGCUGAGCGUCGCUGCAGUCGACGUCGUAGUUGGCUAUCAACCCCAUCCGUCCCCGUCACACUCGAUACUGACCUUGACCCCGGGUAGAACUCGGAACAUCGAUCAAGACAUGGAGGCUCUGAGGCUCAGUCGCCAGGAUAAUCCCUUUUUGCAGGUCCUCGCGAGUCGCGAGAGCCUAGUGGAAUCGAUCGAGGAGUCCGAGUCGGAUGACGCCAUCCUUAUGUCACAGGAACUCGGGGACGCCGAUCCCCUGACUUUGGCGCAAGUCCACGAACACCUGGUGCGGAGUCCACCUCCAGCGACCUGGCCCCAUACCCCGAUGUUCCAUUUCCCUCAUCCGAAUAAUCAGAAUCAAGUGAAUCAGAACUGCGGACAGAACAGCCACCUGGGUAAUCAAGCUGGAAUUAGCGAUCCGCACCACCAGAAUCGUAGCCCCCACAUCCUCCUCGGUAAUAAAGGCCAUCCCAAGAGCCCCGGGCAACGCGGUGCAGGUAUCGCGGACAGUGUCGUUGAACUUUCCAGAAGCGAACCUUCGGCGGACUACCCGAGAGAUCGCCACUCGCAUCCGUUUUCAUUGCUGAAUCCAACUCCCAUUCGAUCUCUGUCGGAGGUGCGUCGUCUGCACAGAUCCGCGGACGAUAACGUGCAGCUCAUGUCUUCGGAGUAGGAUCGACGUACCCUUAGCAUCCUCGUGGGCUCUCGUUAUGUUUCCCGAUAUGCUCGCCUGAAUUUGGCUUUGGUAUACAUCGUGCCGUCUUUCUGCCGGAUCAUAGUCGAAAAAACGGAUGGAUUCUCGUUUCUUCAUUGCGGCGGAAGUGUACGACGCGACUACCAAAAUUGACAUCCACGUCUCGAUCGCUGCACAAUACGACAUGCUUUCGGCGAGAGUCUAUUAGGGAUCAGAAGUAAGCCGUGAUUGUUUUUAUUACGAGUAUCAGAUACCCAUGUAGGUACGUAUGUACAUACAUCAUCGCAUCAGCCGCGACGGAAACGAAGGCCGCAAAGGCCCCCGAAGUCAUUGCUACCAGAAUUACGUUGCAUCGGUCGCGAGCCUACGUAACGGCGAUGAAGAAUAUACUUAUGUAGAUAUAAUUUAUAAUAGAUUAUACUUAUAAUUUCGCCGAUCCCGGCAUACGUCAUCCUACCGUAUGCAUUACGCGCACGGAGCAGAGCUACGCGCACGAUAAGCCGAAUAUCUACUUAUUGUUAGCCAUUCCAUUAUUUUUCAUCAAAUCGGAAUAAUAAAUACACCGAUCGAUUCUACGAGUGCUAGAGAUACGAUGUCGGUGCGUAUUGCGAGUCGUGACGCCCCAUAUCUAUUAUAGACCAAACGUAGUUUUGUUCAAUAUAAUACAGGUGUAUACAUAUAUUUGUAUGUGUCUCGUCACCUAGGACUAUGAUACGGUCAGUGAUAUCGUGAAGGUGUUGCCUUGGCUUCGGCUUUUGAAGUUUGAAAUUACCUUAAAGAUAGUAUAACCUCAUUGUUGAGUUUUGCUGAUCCGCGCUUGUUGUGUGAACCUGAUGAAAUAAUGACGGGAAACGAAUCCUGCUUCGAUUCGAUCGAAUGUUCCACCGCGAGGAAUGAAAAUUGUUUUUUAAAUAGAAUAGCAACGCCUGGCCAGUUAUAGGAGAAUAAUAUAUUGUAUCCAGCAACUCGUACCUUACGAUUCAGAACAUUGAUACAAUAACAUGUGGACCUGGUCGAUACAACAUGAUCGUAUAAAAUUGAAUAAGGAAUUGAGGAACCUAUGGAAAUCAGCAUAUUAUGACUCAUAAAUACAAAUCCGUAUGUAUUUCACAGUAAUUCUGAUCUCUCGGAAUAACGAUUUAGCACCAUGUUUCAAAAGAUGCUCGGCAAUUUUCACCUCGUAUGAAGAUAAAUGAGCGGAGUUGAGUAUCGUUAUAUUAGCGAGUUAGAUUUGUCGCUUUUUAGUUGUAAUUUAGGUAACUCGUCCGUAAGCCGUGGUUGAAUAAUUUUUUACUGUAAAAAAUCAGCUCACAUGAUCGUUGCGUCGCAAUUCCAUUUUUCAAUUUGUUGCAGCGGUACGGGGUCGGUUCAUUUGUUGUUAAUACCUGUACGCUGAAUAUCGUAUUUGUCAACCAAAACUUGUAGCAAAAUACCAAAAAUCUCAAUAUUCACGGCGAAUAAAUCAUCGAUUGAUUGAUUCAUUAUCCUCUAAUGAGAUAUCUGAUUAUUAUCUGUUGACACUAUGUUUAUCGAUCUCGCUUGUUAUAAGCCAUUGGGCAUCGUCAAGUUUCGAACAUCUGAUCAGUGCCAUUGGGUCUUGCGAGUUUGGAAAAUUCUCAUCGAAUAACGGGAAAAUCAUAUAGCCCGCUGAAAUUUACAGGAUGUCACUCUAUACUUGUAAUUGUAAGGUUUGAUGCUACAAUAAUACGAUAUAACGUAACAAACGAUCUGACCAGGGUCGAGAUUUUAUUGCUUCAUCGAAAUAUUGAAUACGAUAGAUUAGUCGCCGACGAAUAUAUUCACCCCAACUAGCCAAUUUUACGAUAGCGAAUGAAGCAUGGAAUAGAUGAAUAAAUCAAUAAGCUCCGAAAAA